AUGUCUGCACGUGCAUUUAAGCAUACUUUUAAGCUUAAUAGCCGUUGCUUUUCUACCACACGCACCGCCAAUGCGGACUUCACACAUGCAGUAAUCGGCGCAGGCGUCGUCGGGCUUGCGACCGCCCGACAGUUGGCAGCUCACGAGGGAACUUCAACCAUUUUACUUGAGCGACACGAUGCACCAGGCACAGAGACAAGCAGUCGCAACUCCGAGGUAAUUCACGCCGGUCUCUACUACCCCGCAAACUCCCUAAAAACCAAACUUUGCAUCCGCGGCCGCAACCUCCUCUACGACCUCUGUUCCAAAAACGACAUCCCCCACCGCAACACCAAGAAAUGGAUCGUAUCCCAAACACAAGCCCAAUGGGAGGCCUCACUGAAAGUCCACGCCCACGCACAAGCCCUCGGCGACGCGCCGACCCGCCUCAUCGGCCGGGAUGAAGCCCUCCGCCGCGAACCAGACGUCAAAGCAGACGCGGGCAUCGUCGAGAGCGAGACGACCGGUAUCGUGGACAGUCAUUCGCUCAUGACGUACCUGCAGGGCGACUUUGAGGAUCGCGGCGGGGACGUCGCGUUCAAGACGCGCGUGACGGGCGUGGAGGCUGUUGAUGGGGGUCAGGGCGGGUAUAAGAUAACUGCUGUAUCGGAUGAGGAUGGUUCUGUUACUUCUUUUACGGCGGAGACGUUGAUCAAUAGUGCUGGCCAUGGGGCUUGCGCUAUAAGUAACAUGCUUCUUCCGAAGGAGCGGCAUUUUUUCCCGCAUUAUGCUAAGGGGACGUAUUUCUCGUAUGCGGCGUCUAGGCCGCGGACUUCGGUUUUGGUCUAUCCGGCUACGUUGCCGGGCACGCCUAGCUUGGGCACGCAUUUGACGCUUGAUAUGGGUGGGCGCAUUCGUUUUGGGCCAGAUGUUCAGUGGGUUGAUAGCCCUGAUGAUUUGAAGCCUAACCCUGCCAACUUGCAGAAGGCUUUGGAGGAGAUCAAGUCUUUCAUGCCUAGCGUCGAUGUCGAUGCUAUUGCUUUGGACUACUGUGGCAUUCGGCCCAAGUUAGGCCGUGGUGGCUCUGUCAAUGAAGGUAAGGGAUUCCAGGAUUUCAUUAUCCGAGAGGAAGAGGGAUUACCUGGAUUUGUCAAUCUUUUGGGAAUUGAAAGCCCUGGCUUGACCAGUUGUUUGGCUAUUGGCGAAAUGGUUGACCGUAUUUUGUACCGUUAA